AUGUUUUUAAGAUUAGUAAAAUUAUUGAAUGCAUACAUGUCAAUAGGGAAUGAGUUACGUCCAAACCAGAAGAGAGAGUAUGUAGAAGAAGUAUCAAGUGGAGAAAGAUUUACAUUCAUGCUCCAAAGUUUAGAUUACAAUAGUGAUAUUAGAGUUACAAUAUAUGAGCCUAAUAAGCAAGAAAAUUAUCCAAAAAAUUCUGAAAGCAUGUUAUCUGAAAUGUCAAACUACUAUGAAGACCAAUCAACCGUGUUUAAUGACUUUAAAAAGAGUAAGGAAAUAGUAAAUGUGAAAGUCAAUAAAGAUAAACCAUUUGAAAGAGUGUUUAAAAAAAGAGGAAAAUACUAUAUUCGUAUUGAUAACUUAGGAGUAAAUAAAGCAUCAUUUACAUUAGCAUCGCAUGUGGCAAAACUCUUUAACAGGAAUGAGAAAAAUAAAGAUGCAAAUGAAUUAAGACAUGUGCUUGAAUCAAUUUCACAAGCAAUGGAAGAUUUAAGGAUUCAAAAUUUUCAAUUAAAUAAUCAGCAUAGAACCAGCCUUAAAGAAGCAAGAAACAUAUUGUGGAUGAUUAAUUUGUUAAUACUCUUUCCAAUCCUUACUAUAGCAGUAGGAGUUACUAGACACUACAUGGCUAAGUACAUGGUUAUGCCUAAGAAACAAAGAAAGAUUGGUCAUAAAUUUAAAUAA